AUGGCGCAGGAGAAGGAAGAACGGAUUGCGCGUCUCGAGUCCACCAACCGCGAUCUCAGGCAGCAGCUGCAAGUCGUCGGGUACGAGCCCGCAGAGACGAUGGAAAGGCCGCGAGAUGAAGAAGAGGGCACCCUGAAGCGACGACGCAAGCGGAAGCGCAGAAACAGGAGGAAGCAGCCCGAACACAGCAAGAGGAACAAGAAUGAGAGCUGCAGUACUACCGAGACGGAGCUGGACGACGAGAAGGGCGUGGCCGCACCGCCAUUGCUCGUGAAGCAGGAAGUUGUCGAAGAGACCACGACGACGACUCGCGAGAGCGCGGGAACGCAUGUGGAGGUCGACCAAGCGCAGAGGGAGAACGGCGAGGUGCUGGAAGCGAGACUGGAACCGAAGGAGAAGAAGGAGGAGAAGGAGAAGGAGAAGGAGAAGGAGAAGGAGAAGGAGAAGGAGAAGGAAGAGCUGUGUGUGGAAGAGAAUCAACAGGGCCAGGAACAGCAGGCCGACCAGGAGGCGCAAGUGGUGGGAGAAGCGAGUGAGGUUGUGCGAAUGCUGCAGGACAUGUUUCCGGGCACAUCAGCGCAGGUCAUCGAGCACACCCUGGGCGAGGUGGCGGGCAGCACCGAGAAGGCCAUCGACUGCCUCCUCAACCUCUGCACCGCACUCGACCUUACUCGCGCCGAAUCGAAGGGCGCCAGGCCGAAUAUAGCUCCUUCUUCAGCUGCACCUACAUCUACAUCUACGUCCACCUCUUCCUCAUCUUCCUCUUUCACCACUCCCUCCAUCUCCUCAACGCGAUCGGCCCACGUGUCGAGCCCAUCACGGCAAAGCCCACGCCCUGUGCCGUCUUUCUCAUCGUCUUCGUCUUCGUCAUCAUCAUCGUCGGCGCCAAUCACCUACACGAGGGCAUCUUCGUCCGUGCUGGGAGAGCCCGACGAGGACGCUGGCGUGACCUGCCUGAGCGAACAGCAACAGCGAGCGCUGGAUUUGGCCGAGCGUGGCUAUUCCAUGUUCCUCACCGGCAGUGCCGGCACCGGCAAGUCCUUCUUACUCCGCCAGAUGAUCGAACGCCUACGUCUCAAGCACGGCCCCGAAGCUGUGGCCGUCACCGCUUCUACGGGUGUGGCUGCGAUCAACAUCGACGGCAUGACCCUGCACAAGUGGGCGGGCGUUGGCCUGGGGAACGAGGGAAUCAAGGUGAUGCUGGGCCGCGCCUUCGGCAAACGAAAAGAGUACAAGCAAACGCGAGUGCUCAUCAUCGAUGAAAUAAGCAUGCCUCAGAUCAAGUCGGACCUGUUCGACCAGCUAGAGUACAUCGCGCGAAGAGUCCGCAACUGGAAGAAGGUGCCCGCGAAGGAGAAGCCAUUCGGAGGCAUCCAGCUUAUUUGCUGCGGUGACUUCUUUCAGCUCCCGCCAGUGCUCGACAAAACAAACAAACGAAUGAGCAUGAGCCAAGCCUUCGCGUUUAACGCUGAGUCCUGGCAGUCAUGCAUUGACGUUGUUGUGCAGCUCUCCAAGGUCUUCCGCCAAAAGGACGAACGGUUUCAGGGUAUCCUGAAUGAGAUCAGACAGGGCGCCUGCUCCGACGAAUCCAGACGUAUUCUCAACGAAUGCGUGGGGCGAAGGUUUGAGGACGACUUGGACAUCCUGCCCACGAAGCUGCAUCCGACCAAUCAGCAGGUGGACGCCAUCAACCAAACACACAUGGACGAGCUCGACGGCGACUCCUGUCAGUACCUGGCCAAGGACAAGCUGCCCGCAGCCACCGGACCCCGAAAGAUCCUUACGCAGUGGCUCCAUCAGAGCUGCAGCGCCCUCGAAGCCCUCGAACUCAAAGAGGCCGCGCAGGUGAUGCUCAUCCGAAACCUGACCUCCAAGCUGGUGAACGGCUCGCGAGGCGUUGUGCUCGGUUGGGCGACCGCGGACGAGUUUGAGGAUAUCUUGAUCCAGACCAAGUACAAGCAUGAGAAAGGACUCCCCGUACGGCCCAUAUUGCACGAGUCCGUGAAGCAGGCCAAGUGGCUCAAAAAGCAGAGCAAGAACCCCGACUUUCGUCUGCCUCUCGUGCGCUUCAUCGGCCACGAGCAGCCGAUCAUUGUGGGGCCUGUGGUUUUCACAGGGCGCCAUCGAGAAAAGGGGGAAGUGCAUGAGUGCUCCCGGUGUCAGAUACCGCUCAAGCUCGCCUGGGCUGUGACCAUUCACAAGUGCCAGGGCCUCUCACUCGACCGGGUCGAGAUCUCCUUGGCCUCUGUCUUCGCGCCCGGACAGGCACACGCCUUCGUGACGCCGACGGUAGUGGACUUCUACCGAAGAUACGUCCGGGAGCAGGCGGAGAGAGAAAGCAACGGGACCCACCUUGCACCGCGCACCUUGCCCAAGUGCCAAAUGGCCUGCGCCAAGCGGGUGCCGGCCUUCCUGCAGCAGGACUACUGCGACGACCGCGGAAUCACAUCCGCACCGCUCUCCGGGGUCAGCGCCGACGAAAUGGAGGCCGAAAUCCUAGCAUCUGCCCAGUCUGCAGCGGCCCUCGCCAGCCCGCGACGAUACAACCCGGCCAGCGCGAGUCAGCGCGACAGCCAAGGCGGACGGAGGCAGUGGCGAAACAGCUCGGGCCAGGCGCGACUAAGCGACCGCGAAGGCGAUGACGGCCGACCACGUUACUUUCGCCACAACAGCCUCGGAGCGAUGGACUUCCGCGCUGCUCGCGGCGGCGCCGUGAGCACGCAGCGAGGGGGCGCCGACGACUACGACGAAGAGUUCUUGCGGGCGCUGGCCGAGUCGCAGUCCGAGCCGUCGUCAUCGUCCCAGUCCCAGCCCCUCUUCUGGUUCGAGAAGUGA